AUGUACUCCCGCGAUAAAACCGUCAACGCCGUCCUGAGAUUCUAUCAAACAGUUAUCCGCCACCCAUAUCUAAACAACAGCACACUCAUUGUACCGCCUGUAAACGGCUGGACCUCGAUCAACAUAGAAGGGAAAAACGGAACCGUCCUCGACUUACUUUGCCACCUCCCAUACCUCCGCUCAGAGAAUGCAUUCGAAGAACUCAUCAUUUACUGGGAAAGCAUUCCGGUCUGCUACUUGGACAACCAAGAUAGGCUGCUAUCAUACCCCCUCCCGGCCCACUGCAUCUACCUCGCCCGCGCCGAAUCGUAUCUAGGCACGUCUUUGAUUCUCGACACUAACGAAGGCACCAUAACUGAGUUCUAUCACACGGGAUCUCACAUUACAGUACCUUACGAGGAAUACGAGGCUCUACCUGAAGCAGAGAAAUGGAAGGCCCACCGCAUGAGACCCACCACAGAAUUGUUGGACAAUUGGACGCAGAGGUAUGAGAAAUUGGUGUGGAUGUUAGUACCGAACCCGAUUCGUCAGCCGGUAACAGGGAGGUUCUAUAGUCGUGCUGUGUCCAGUGCUGAGGAGGAACUUCUUGUGCAGCAAGGGCAGUUGGAGCCGUGGCACGUUCAAGAUGACAGCAGUAGUAAUGAUAAUAGGGAGGAGAGUGAGGAUGAUAGGGAGCAACAUAAGAGGGAGAGGAAGAGGAAGUAUGUAGUGGAUGUUUACAACAUAUAUCUCUGCCACGGAUGGCCAGAUCACUUCGACAAGGAGCGAUGUAAAACCGAAUUGUUGGAGCUAGAGAAGAGGAAGGAUGUGGAUACGAAGCGGCAACUGGCUGAAGCGAACCCCGAUGCAGCACUAUUCGACUGAGAGAUAGACAUUUUUGUUCCUAUUAGGACUAAGGGCUGAUUAGAGGUCUCACUACCUCCCAAACGGAAAGGAUUUAUAGAUUAGUAUACAAAUCCGUUCAAAUAAUUAAUGGCAAGGCG